AUGGCAGCCGCAUCAAAUUCCGACACUGGGACAAGUUUGUGGGAACAAUUCUCCAACUUUAUGCGUAAAGAUACUAAAGGAGUAGAGCUUGUGAGCUAUUCGGUAUCUGGAUUAUUGCUUAUUGUGGCAUACAGGAAAAUACGUCCCUUUACUAUCUUCGGAAAAUCAUCUGAUAUACCACAUCACUUCAUCCGCGAACAAAUAAAACAAUUCGGUCGGGUGACCAAAAUUGAACCAUCACAACUGUAUGGACCGCUGCUGGUUGUGCAACACCAUCCACCAGCGAAGAUAUUUUUCUGGUCAAGCAAAACUAUCCCGAUCAAGAUAGAUGGUAUCGCUAUAAACGCGAACGGCUAUUCCUGGCUGCAGUCAGUUGUAGAUGGCAAAAAAGUCAGUUUCAUCCCAAUGAAGCAAUCAUCAGCGAUCAGCGAAAAGCACGCCGAAUGCCGUGUCUAUCUGACAGAAUCAACAAAGCACAUCGACAUUGGCGAAGCACUGCUAAGUUUGGGUUUUGCCAAACUCUCCGUUACUGUGCCAAAGACCACGCGAAAUCGAAAAGAUGUGCAUGCCGUUGCCCAGUAUCAGUACUAUCGAUCACUGGCCAAGGCAGAACGCUAUGCCAAGGACCGCCGGAAUGGCGAGUGGCAAUCUGUUUUACCACCUCGCUUGUGGCCCCUAUCGUUUGGGACGAUGUUCUGGGACCGUAUCACCAAUGCCAACCGUUUACCGGCGCUGGUUCGAUAA